AUGGCUCGGGGCCCGCUGCGUCCGCCGUUGCGCCUCCUGGUGCUGGGGUUCGGGCUGGCGCUGCUGCGCGCGGCGAUCGGAGAGCGGGCGGCAGGCGCCGCCCCCUGUUCCCGGGGCACCUCCUGGAGCUCCGACCUGGACAAGUGCAUGGACUGCGCGUCGUGCCCGGCGCGGCCGCACAGCGACUUCUGCCUGGGCUGCGCUACGGCCCCUCCGGCUCCCUUCGGGCUGCUGUGGCCCAUCCUGGGGGGCACCCUGAGUCUAGCCCUGGUGCUAGGAUUACUGUCUGGCUUCCUGGUCUGGAGACGAUGCCGCAGGAGAGAGAAAUUUACCACCCCCAUCGAGGAGACAGGCGGGGAGGGCUGCCCCGGCGUGGCCCUGAUCCAAUGA